AAAAGCUCCUCCUCUGUCCGUCGUUAGAGGCGAGAUUGGUGACAUUUUUGUGCUCAAUGACAGCGAGAGGGUAUCGGAUCGCGGAUUGGCAACCUGCUGCCGCACGCCAGCCGCCUCUGGACGGGAAGCAGAGGCUAAUAUGAAGACAACAUUUGGCAAGCCAGAUCCAGGAAAGCACCACCAGUCUUUUUGAAGCCACCAUGACACACCGUCACCGGUAAAAGCUGCCCCGCCCGCUCCCCCUCCCUCCCCCGUCCUACCAAAGCCCGCGCGAGCGAGGAACGCUCCAAACAGAACGGGAGCCGACAUGGGUCCGCCGUGCUUCCACACAGCAGCGGCGGCGGCAGCUUCCUGCAAGCAGCGGAGUCACCGGUGCCUGCGGAGGAAGCUGAGGCCCGUGCGCAUCUUCGGGUUCAUGGUGAGCCUGCUGGCCGUGAGUGCCGUCUCCGUCUGUGCCUUGACGUGGACCUCCGCGGGUGAAACCCCCGUCCCCCCAGAGAAUCCCCGCCAGUUGGUGCCCCGGAGGACUCUGCUCUCCAGCCAGCAGCAGAAUGAGGGCGACACGUCAGGCAAUAUGUCGACCGCAUCCAAAUCGAGCAACGGAAGCCAAGGGGAUUACCCGCCGGACCUAUUUACCCUGGAGGAGAGGCGCCAAGGUGCCGUCAUCCUCCACAUGUUCGGCAUGAUCUACAUGUUCAUCGCCUUAGCCAUCGUAUGCGACGAGUUCUUCGUCCCGGCGCUCACAGUCAUCACAGAGAAGCUGACCAUCUCGGACGACGUGGCCGGCGCCACCUUCAUGGCGGCGGGUGGCUCCGCCCCAGAGCUCUUCACCUCUAUUAUCGGCGUCUUCAUCUCGCACAGCAACGUGGGCAUCGGCACAAUCGUGGGCUCGGCCGUCUUCAACAUCCUCUUCGUCAUCGGCAUGUGCGCCAUCUUCUCCAAGGAGAUUCUCAACUUGACGUGGUGGCCGCUCUUCCGCGACGUCUCCUUCUACAUCAUGGACCUCAUCCUGCUCAUCGUCUUCUUCCUGGAUAACUUCAUCUCCAUCUGGGAAAGUAUCACUCUGCUCUCGGGAUACGCCGCCUACGUCAUCUUCAUGAAGUUCAACAGCAAGAUGGAGGGCUUCGUCAAGGGCUGCAUGAACAAGAACCAAGUGGUGGAGGUGGAGGUGCAGCCCAAGGAUGAGAAGGCGAGUCCCGGGGCACCCGAGGAUGACGGCAAGUUGUCGGCCAGACCUCGGCUUCAGAGGGGGGGUAGCUCCGCCUCCCUGCACAACAGCUUGAUGAGGAACAGCAUUUUCCAGCUCAUGAUUCAUACCUUGGACCCAUUAAGUGAAGAAUUUGCUGACUCUGAGCUGGGGACUUAUGGGAAACUAAAAUAUUAUCACUCAAUGACUGAGGAAGGGAAAUUCCGUGAGAAAGCGUCCAUUCUUCACAAGAUCGCUAAAAAGAAAUGCCAAGUGGAGGACAGCGAGAAGGCCAAUGGCGUCGCGAGCCGUGCAGACAAAAACCUGCCAAACAGCUCCAGCGUGCAGGUGGAGGUGACCCCGCCCAUGAACGGCACGGCGGGCCAAGAGGGUGAAACAGCUGAGGACGAGGAGGAAGACGACCAGCCUCUGAGCCUGUCCUGGCCCGAGUCCGGUCGCAAGCGCUUCACCUACCUUUUGAUCAUACCUAUCGUCCUCCCCCUGUGGCUCACGCUGCCUGACGUCAGAAAACCGUCGGCAAAGAAGUUCUUCCCCAUAUCUUUCCUGGGCUCCAUCUGCUGGAUCGCGGCCUUCUCCUACCUGAUGGUGUGGUGGGCUCACCAGGUUGGAGAGACCAUCGGGAUUACGGAGGAGAUUAUGGGUUUGACUAUAUUAGCGGCUGGAACCUCCAUCCCUGACCUCAUCACCAGUGUUAUUGUGGCACGCAAGGGCCUGGGCGACAUGGCGGUGUCCAGCUCUGUCGGCUCUAACAUCUUUGACAUCACAGUCGGACUGCCGUUUCCUUGGCUGAUGUGGUCCUUCUUCAGCGGCCUGAAGCCUGUAGCGGUCAGCUCCAACGGCCUCUUCUGCGCCAUCGUGCUCCUCUUCCUCAUGCUCCUCUUCGUCAUCAUCUCCAUCGCCGCCUGCAAGUGGCGCAUGAGCAAGUUGCUCGGCUCCAUCAUGUUCCUGCUCUACUUGGUCUUCCUGGUGGUCAGCGUCAUGUUGGAGGACCGCGUCCUCAGCUGUCCUGUGUCCGUCUGAGGGGUUGUGCAGCCAAGACCCGGCUUCUUUUUCCCCUCCUGUACGGCCUUCCUCACUGGCGGCGCUCCUUUGUGGUGUGUGAAGAGAAUGCACGGUGGGUACACCGACAAGAGGCGCUAACUUUACGUUAUUGAAUUAGCUGGAGCCUACUAGAGAAGCAGUAUGCAUGCUGUUAGUGUCAUUUAGAGCAGGCUGAUCAAAGCUUGCAAUUUGAGGAGAACUUCCUACACCUGAGAAGAAGCUGAGGUGGUUCCUGAUGGCUUCCUUUCACCAUGUUUGGGAUUUUUUUUUUUUUGUCAUUUUACACAUGCCAGAAAUAGCGGUAGCAUUAGACGUACUGUAGCAGGACCAUCUGCUCCUUCUUGAUUGUAGGUAACGCGUCACACACGCCAACACAAAAGCAUGACAACUGAACGCCAGAACAUUCGAGAACCAGUGUUUAAGCGUCGCCAUCGAUAGAUUAGUCACCAGGCUGCAUGGAAGAAGAAGAAAAAAAAGACGACACUUGCAGGUGAAUCCUAGUAAUCACACAUUUAAAUAACUUGUAUACCAAAAUGUACACUUUUUCGCUCUCGAUGUAGAAAAUCACUUAUAGGCUCAGUGAUAUAGUGUGAAGUUCACUUUCUAAUCCAAGGUGCUUCUGUGUGCAGGCAUCCUCUAUCUACGAAUAGAUGCUAUAGCAGUAUUUUGCAGAACAAAAACGAUACACCCAUUUGUGUUUUGUACGAAGAAAAGACAACUCAUCACGAUCUGUGAGAAUAGAAUGCGGAUUUAACAGCAAUAUAUGUGUCGUGCGUGGGAACCCUCCUCCGUUAUUCCAUUUUAGGCUCACAAAACACCCGCUUUACCUCAGCCUGUGUACAGCAUCUUAGCGAGAAUGAACUGUAAAUGACUAGUACAUAGAUUCUCUCGAGUGCAUGCAUCUUGGGCUGGUUACCCACUGACUGUACAGCUGAGUGUCACUUAUAUGCAUUUAAUCUGAACAAAACGACAGUUUUACUUUGUAAAUACAUCUUUUUUUCCCUUCAGAUGUUUUUUUUUUUACUCACGUUGAACAAAAAUAGGACUGAUGCUGCCUCUGUAUUUUUUCUUCAGGUAUUUAAGUGCAAAAAAAAAAAAUCACUUAUUGCCCCCUCCAAAGCUCACAAUGUUUAGCAUAAAAGUGUGUUUUUGUGUCAUUUGAAGCUGCUUUUUGCUUGAGUUUGGACAAUCACCGCACACAAACUGUGCACUUCAGAGGCCCAAACGUUCAAAUAACGGCUUGAGUGGCAAGCAGCGACGAUGCAAUAGAAAGAAAUGUAUUCAAAACAAAACAGAUUGUGGUUUCCAAAGGUAAGUGACCAAAAGAGCUGAAGAACAUCUUUGCACUGUAAAUGUGUUUAUUUUUCUUGGUGUUAAUGUGUUUAAUAAGGUGUACAUAUAUACAGAUAGAAAUGAACCAUAUAAUCUAUAUGUGUAAAACAAAUAUGUCUCUUUAUGUAAAAACACAAAUAUAAUAUAAUGAAACAAAUAAAGCUGAUAAUUCUCAUAUGCAACAAAGCUGUUUAUUUGGAA